GGAAAUCGUGCAAUUCGCUUGACAUAUUCUGUGUGCUGUUGUUUCCUACGCGACAUCAACGGAAUGUUAUUUCUUAUAUUUAGCUUCACGUAAAUAUUCGUUAGAAAAUAGAAACGAUGAAAAAUUUAACGUGGUUAUUGUUGUUGGUGGUUUAUAUUAACUUAUGCUAUUGUUUUCGAAGAAAAGAUUAUAAGCUAGGUGUGGUAGUACAUCAAACACCAUCAGAUGCUGAAUUGCCGCUAAAUGAUACUAUUAUUAAGACAAAUCUCAUAGAGAAAAAUUCAAUUUCAUUAACCAGUAAUAUCCAAACUAUUUCCAAGAUAGAUAUUUUCGAAACUUCUAAAAUUGUUUGUAAUUUGAUAAGCGAUGGAGUUGUAGCUGUAUUUGGUCCACCUAAUCGUAUAACCACACCUGUAGUGGAAUCAACUUGUAAAAGCCUCAGUAUCCCUUAUAUCGUUACUUCUUGGAGAAAAACUAAUACUGAAGAAUCGAAUGUUUUUUUGAAUUUCCACCCAGAUGCAGAUAGAUUAGCUAAGGGUAUUGCAGAAAUUAUAAGAAGUUUGGAAUGGGUAGGUUUUAUUAUUUUAUAUGAGGACGAAGAAGGUUUAGUUAAUUUGCAAGAAGUUAUAAAACUUCAAAGCGUUGAAAAAACAGAUAAUCAAGAUUUUAUUCGUAUAGAACACCUCGUUGGUGGGCCAGACUAUAGACAUAUAUUCAAAAAAUUUCAAAAUAGCACGGAAAAUAAUAUCAUUUUGGAUUGUAAGACCGAAAAUAUUUUGCCAAUAUUAAAACAAGCUGCCCAAUUGGAUAUGGUAGAUAUACGAUAUAACUAUUUUCUCACAUCUUUGGAUGCCCACACGGUGGAUUAUUCUUCUUUAAAUUUAACGGCAAACCUAACAACAAUAAGAAUUUUUGACAACAAUUCUGAAAAUUUAAAGUAUACUUUACAAAAAUGGAGCAACACCGCUUUUGAAUUUUAUCGUAACGCCGUCGAUAUACGUCCUGAUACUAUAUCAACAGAAACAGUACUCUUACACGAUGCCCUAUUAUAUUUAUCGACCGCUCUGAAGGAUAUGCCGAAUAUUUCACAAGAAAAAGUCAACUGCUUCGGGUUAGGAGAAUUUAUUGAUGGACCUGCUAUAAUAAACGCUACGAAAUAUGUAGAAGGACUGUCGCCUGUUACUGGACCAAUAAAGUUUGAUGAUUAUGGUAAUAGAAUCGAUUUUAACAUUUAUGUGUACACUCAUUUGGAUAAUCAGGCGAUAGCUACUUACCAAGCACAAAACGAAAUGUUGCAACUGACAAGAACAUCUGAAGAAACUAAUUUGGCUUCUAUUUCAAAUUUGAAAAGGAUUAAAGUUAUAGUUUCGACAAGAAUCGGUGAACCUUAUUUAAUGUACGCCGAAUCCCCGGAUGGUACACCGUUGCAGGGUAACGACAGAUACGAAGGUCUAACGAAAGAUUUGAUGGAUGAAAUAGCAAACAUUUUGGAAUUUCAAUAUGAAAUUUACUUAACAGAAGGUAAUAUUUAUGGCAAAUUUAUUGAAUCAGAAAAACGGUGGACAGGUUUGAUAGGAGAUCUUCUUGAAGGAAGGGCGCAUCUUGCACUUUGUGAUUUAACAAUUAAUCAACAAAGACGAUCAUAUGUAGAUUUUAGUAUGCCUUUUAUGACUUUGGGUAUCGCCAUUAUGCAUAAAUUGCCAGCUAAAGAAGAAGCCAAUCCUUUUGCUUUCUUAGAUCCUUUCUCUACAGCAGUUUGGAUUUAUUCAGCUACAUUAUAUUUAGUCGUGUCUAUUGUACUCUAUUUCAUUGCAAGAAUGACUCCAGGAGAUUGGGAAAAUCCUCAUCCAUGCGAUGAGAAUCCUACGGUACUAGAGAAUAUCUGGGGCUUGAAAAACUGUCACUGGGCAACACUAGGUACUAUAAUGAACCAAGGAUGCGAUAUUUUACCAAAGGGAAUUUCUUCGAGAUUGGCACUCUCGAUGUGGUGGUUUUUUGCUCUUAUUAUAACUAACUCUUAUAUAGCUAAUUUGACGGCAUUUCUAACUAAAGCUAAUUUGGAACCUCCUAUCAAAAAUGUGCAAGAUUUAGCGAAACAGAAUAAAAUAAAAUAUGGACUUUUAGAAGGAGGUGCGACUGAACAAUUUUUCAAGGAAUCUAAUCUAUCUCUCUAUCAGAAGAUGUAUGUGGAUAUGAAAGCCCAGAGACCCAGUGUAUUCGAAAAAGAUAAUUUAGAUGGUGUUCAACGUGUACAAAAUACUAAAAAUGAAUUGUACGCUUUUUUAAUGGAAUCUACCGGUAUAGAAUAUCACGUUCAAACCAAAUGCGAUUUGAAACAAGUUGGAUCGUGGUUAGAUUCGAAAGGUUUUGGUAUAGCAAUGCCUAUGAAUGCCAAUUAUAGAGGAGCUAUUGAUAAGGCUAUCUUACAACUACAAGAAGCUGGUAAACUUUCUUAUUUAAAAGAGAAGUGGUGGAAGUUAAAAAGAAAAGAGCCGUUAUGUGAAAACAUUAGAUCUCAAAAUAAAGACGACAAUGGCGAUUUAGAUUUGGCAAGAACAAGCGGUAUCUUUUUAGUAUUGACUGUUGGAGUGGCCAUUGCUAUAGCUCUAGGUUUGACGGAAUUUUUAUGGAAUGUGAGAAAUAUAUCAGUAGAAGAACAUAUAUCGUUUUGGGAUGCUUUGAAAAUAGAAGUAAAAUUUGCUGCUAAUAUUUGGAUAACGAAGAAAAAAAUUAAGCCGGUGGUGUCUGAAUCAACUUCAUCAGAAAGCAAGAGCGAAAAAGAUAAUAAGAGCAUGAUUCACAGUUUCUUACAAACGGCUAGUUCUUUCAUAAAUUUGCAGCAAAGUUCUUAGUUCAAAAAUUUAUUUUGAGAAAUUACACUUGAUUACAAUACAUAUUACCGAUGUUAUCGACACUUAUAUAUGGAUUCAUUUGAGCGUACCUCGUAUAUACAAUAUACUCUUAUUUUAUGUUGAAAUGAUUGUAUUAUUGUAGUCUUUAGACUUUUGUUAGAAAUAAUUUAUCUAAAUAUUUCAAAACUGUGUCAUUACAGGGUUGUAUGUGCUACUAAUAUUAAGUAAUUUUUAAAACCGAUAUAGAGACAUAAAAGUUAAUUAACAAUUAUAAAUUUACUGACAUCUGUAGUUCAUCUAUGAAACACACUCCCGACAGCUAAGAAGUUGCCAUUUCAAUCGACCCGCCACCAAACGUACUAAAUAUUACGAAAACAGAUGGCAGCAAAAUAUAUAGAUUUCUGAUAAUUUUGCUUUUCGUAAACUGAUUAUUUGUAAGCUGAUUAUUUGAUUUUAAUUGAUUGGUUAUAUAUUCAAUUCACUACCUUCUUUUCGGGUUUAUAAAAAUACUUUAGAAUGCAAAUGAACAAGUUUAACUAACCUUAAGUUUUUGAGUUAAUAACUAGAUGUCAGCAUCAUAUUUUAUUUAUCAUAUUUUAAAUUCAAAAUUUAUAUUUUCUAGUCAGGCCGUAAAAUAUAUCUAAUAUAAAAAUUCCUUGGUAAUAAGUAUUCCAAUUUUUCAUUUAUUUCUAAUAUUUAUCUACAGCUAUGUUCAAUACUUCCUGGGUACCAGAUUUUCAUUGAAAAUAAUUUCUUCAAAAACUGGUAUGUGCUACUAAUAUCAAGUAUUCUUAAUAAUAAAAAUAGUAGGUAUAUAAAAUAUAAAUAAAUCACUAAUUAUGAAUUUCCUGACAUCUGUAGUUGAUCUAUGAAACACAGUUACGAAAGUUGCCAUUUAAACCGACGUGUUAUUAAACGUAUUGAAUAUUAAGCUAACAGAUGGCAGCAAAUUAGAUAGAUACUUAAUUAUUUUGCCUCCCGCAUAUUAGUUAUUUGAAAAACUGAUUAAUUGAUUAUAAUUAAUUUAUUCAAUAAACUAACUUCUUUUAAAUAUAGGAUAAUAAUAUAGAAUAUGUUUAACUAACCAUAAGUUUUUGAGUUAAUAACUAGAGAUCAGCAUCAUCUUUUGCUUGGAAUAUUUGAAAUUCUAAUUUAUAUUUUCUAAAUACGCUGUAAAAUGUAUCCUAAUAUAGAAAUUCGAUGGCAAUAAAUAUAUUUCUUUUU